AUCGACUUGUUCAAUGAGCAUAGAACGGGAAGUUUCGCAACAGUUCGGAUAGUAAAUCUAUAUAUUUUAGUACAAAGAUCAUGUCGUAGGUGAUUCACUGCCUUCGAAGAUUUGUUUAUAGAAGGCGCUUUAUCAGAGUUUAUCUCGUUGGAAAAAUCCACCUGUCAGAAAAUGCCAGCUAGGCGGUCUCCAUCAUUCGGUAACCAAUAGGCUCUGCUGUGCAAUUAUGCUAUGGUAAUUCCCUAGUAUCCUCUUUCGACACGCCAGCUUGGCAAUCGUACGAUUGAUGAUGACAUAUUAUGACGUUUUCGAGUUUAUACAAAUAUUUAUGAUUAAAAUCGAGUUUUGUUUUAUUGCUUAACUCAGUCGUUAGAGAAUUAAUUGAGGGUGAGAUAAUAGCAGCUCAGUUUUACUUAACUGCUUCUAAACACGUUUUUUAGUAUAAUUCAAGAACAAAAUGGGCAGCAGAAAACGUAUGCAUCAAGAUGUUUAUUCUGAAUCAACUAUAUCUUUGUCUGAAUAUCAAUCUCCGCCCUCAAAACGUGCUCUUAAUAAUAGACGAGUAUGUGGUGCAGCACCAUUCAGUACUGAUCCAGUAGCACAGAGAGAGAGAGAUUUAUGUGAUUAUUCAAUUAAAAUUACUAAAGAAAUGGCCAAUAAUGGCACAGCUCCAAGACCAAUUAGAAUGUAUGCUGAUGGAAUAUAUGAUUUAUUUCAUCAGGGUCAUGCAAGACAGCUAUUGCAAGCAAAAAAUGCCUUUCCUAAUGCAACUAUUUAUUUAAUAGUGGGUGUGUGUAGUGAUCAGUUAACACAUAGACAUAAAGGUAAAACAGUAAUGACUGAUGAAGAAAGGUAUGAAGCAGUUUGUCAUUGUCGUUAUGUGGAUGAAGUUGUUAAAGAUGCACCAUGGGUAUUAGAUGAUGAAUUUUUGCAAAAACAUAAGAUAGAUUUUGUGGCACAUGAUGACUAUCCCUAUACUAUGGACGAACAAGAAGAUGUCUAUAAAGAUAUCAAGGCUCGAGGUAUGUUUGUCGCUACACAACGUACAGAAGGGAUUUCUACAUCAGAUUUAGUUUCUCGAAUAGUUAGAGAUUAUGAUGUUUAUGUACGACGUAAUUUGGCAAGAGGAUAUACAGCAAAAGAAAUGAAUGUUUCCUAUUUAAAUGAGAAGAAGUUUCUAUUUCAAAAUAAAAUGGAUGAAUUGAAGGAUAAAAUUGAAGGAAAACGGCAUGAAAUUAUACAAAAAUGGGAAGAAAAGUCAAGGGAUUUUAUUAAUUCCUUUUUAGAAAUGUUUGGUAAAGACGGAAGAAUAGUGAGUAAAUUAUUUUUUUUAAUAUAUAAAUGAGAAAAUAUAUUUAUU